GUUCCAUUCGGCCAGCAGUAGGCGGCUGCCACAGCUGUUUUAGGGCCCCCAUCAUAGGGGCUCCUUGUCUGGAGGAGGCAGCCUCCGGGCUUGGGAGGAGAAGUCGCUGCCAUCUCGGGAGGCCGACGCGGUCCCCUGGGACAGUCCACUUCCUGCCCUCAGUCUCGGGCCGAGUUUGGGCUCCCAGGUUCAGGGUUAGAAGUUGGACUUUUGAUGAUGUUUGACCCAGCGGCAGCAAUAGCAGGCAACGUGAUUUUAAAGUUGAGCUCAGCUUCUGUUUUUUCCAUCUUGUAAUCACAAAAAGCAUCUGGACCAGGAAUUCCAAUCAUGUCUGUGAUGGUGGUGAGAAAGAAGGUGACACGGAAGUGGGAGAAACUCCCAGGCAGGAACACCUUCUGCUGCGAUGGCCGUGUCAUGAUGGCCCGGCAAAAGGGCAUCUUCUACUUGACCCUUUUCCUCAUCCUGGGGACAUGUACACUCUUCUUUGCCUUCGAAUGCCGUUACUUGGCUGUCCAGCUAUCUCCUGCCAUCCCUGUGUUUGCUGCCAUGCUCUUCCUUUUCUCCAUGGCUACACUGUUGAGGACCAGCUUCAGUGACCCUGGAGUGAUCCCUCGAGCCCUACCAGAUGAAGCAGCUUUCAUAGAAAUGGAGAUAGAAGCUACCAAUGGUGCGGUGCCCCAGGGCCAACGACCACCCCCUCGUAUCAAGAAUUUCCAGAUUAACAACCAGAUUGUAAAGCUGAAAUACUGUUAUACGUGCAAGAUCUUCCGGCCUCCCCGGGCCUCCCAUUGCAGCAUCUGUGACAACUGUGUGGAGCGCUUCGACCAUCACUGCCCCUGGGUGGGGAAUUGUGUUGGAAAGAGGAACUACCGCUACUUCUACCUCUUCAUCCUUUCUCUCUCCCUCCUCACCAUCUAUGUCUUCGCCUUCAAUAUCGUCUAUGUGGCCCUCAAAUCCUUGAAAAUUGGCUUCCUGGAGACGUUGAAAGAAACUCCUGGAACUGUUCUAGAAGUACUCAUUUGUUUCUUCACACUCUGGUCCGUCGUGGGACUAACUGGAUUUCACACUUUCCUUGUGGCUCUCAACCAGACAACCAAUGAAGACAUCAAAGGCUCAUGGACAGGGAAGAAUCGAGUCCAGAAUCCCUACAGCCAUGGCAACAUUGUGAAGAACUGCUGUGAAGUGCUGUGUGGCCCCUUGCCCCCCCAGUGUGCUGGAUCGAAGAGGUAUUUUACCACUGGAGGAAAGCGGAAGUCGACCUCCUAGCACUCAAGAGACCAGUAGUAGCCUCUUGCCACAGAGCCCAGCCCUAACAGAACAUCUGAGUUCAAAUGAGAUGCCGGAGGACAGCACUCCUGAAGAGAUGCCACCCCCGGAACCUCCAGAGCCACCACAGGAGGUGGCUGAAGCUGACAAGUAGCCCAUCUAUGGAAGAGACUUUUGUUUGUGUUUAAUUAGGGCUGUGAGAGAUUUAAGGGGAGAAGAUAAGCCUGAGACAGAGAACAAGUAAGCUAUUUUUCUUUGGUCUUUAUUCAGCCAAUUGCACACUGGCAUUUUCUUGCUGCAAAUUUUUUUUUCCUGGACUCAAGGCAGUCACAGAAGAUGUCAGUAACCUCUGGUAACUGGACAAACGGGUCUCUUGGGCCCCCGCACUGGUUUUCCAUGGAGUCUCCUUGGACUCCCCUUUCUUCCCUCCAGAUCUUAGCUCUCCUGCUUGGUGUGGUUGGUCCAUUUGUGGGGUUAAAGGUUCUUGAGACUGGCUCAGAUCAUCUCCAGCCGCUGCAUGGCAAGAGUCCAGAGGUGAUCACGGAGAACUCUGGCUAGGGAAUCCUAACUGGAUUCUUGGGGCUUCAUAAUUGAAGAGGAUGGAGAGUGGGGUUAGAGGAUUCUCCUGGCUACAAAGUGCCAACAUUGCCCACAAAUCCUUUCAGGAAUGGGGCAGGUAACUUCCACUUGUUGUAUUUAUUCAUGUAGUUUCUCCUUUGUCCCCCAUCCACUUUCUAACCCCCAAGCCCCACUCUUUAUCAAUUAGAGAUAUGUAAGUAGUUGCAGUAUAGAUAACAAUUUACAUGUCUUAUAGAUUACCCGGAAACUUUUUAAUACCUGUGCCAUUCUCAUUAAGAAUUCAUGAGAUGCCAACGGCAUCACCCCUUGCACUCUCUGUCUCUUAUCUCCUCCUCUCUCACUAGUCCCAUUAAUUUGUUUUCCUUCUGACUCUUGCUCUUUUAGGAGCAGGAAUGGCAGUAAUAAAAGUCUGCACUUUGGCGAUUCCUCUCCUCAGAAUAAGCCCGAGUGCUCACUUAAACACUACACCCCCCAGACUCCCUGUGUGAGGCCUGCAGAGGCCCUGAAUGCACAAAUGGGGAAACCAAGGCACAGAGAGGAUCUCCUCUCCUCUCCUCUCCUCUCCUCUCCUCUCCUCUCCUCUCCUCUCCUCUCCUCUCCUCUCCUCUCCUCUCCUCUCCUCUCCUCUCCUCCCCUCCCCUCCCCUCCCCUCCUCUCCUUCUCUUACGUUCCCUCAAAAAAGAAAAAGUAAAAAAAGACAGCUAGUACUUCCAGUAGGCCUCAGCUGAGUGAGGAGGGAAAGCCCAGCACUGCUGCCCUCCCGGGUGACCCACUCCAAGGCCUUGGCCCAUCUCGGGCUUGAUAACCACACCAGGGGCUUCCGCCAGCCUCGCUCUUCCAGCACUUCCACCGGCAGAGUCCCAGAGCCACUUCACCCUGGGUGCGGGCUGUGACCGCCCCACCCCCACACCCCAGUCAGCUCUGCUCAGGACCUGCUCUAUUUCAGGGAAGAAGAUUUAUGUAUUAUAUGUGGCUAUAUUUCCUAAAGCACCUGUGUUUUUCUCUUUCUAAGCCAGGGUCCUGUCUGGAUGACUUACGGGGAGGGGGACGUGUAAAUCAGAACUUUUCAUCUAUUUGAAAGUGAUUAAACUGUGUCUAAUGCAAACUGCCUGCCUCCUCCUUCCCCUUUCCAUUUCAAGAAUCAUCAUGGGGGCGUGAGGGUCUUUGUGUGGUAGGGUGGGAUUGGGGUGGGGGUAGAAGGGGUUGCUAGUUACUACCCAUACUUCCAUUUUCUGGGGAACCCUUCAGUGGGAGAGAUAGCUCCCAAACUCUCCAUUGAUUUCUACUACAUUCUGGGCCAAAGCUCACCUUAUUCUGGACUCUAAAGAAAGGGCUUUCAAGGCAUUAUACAAUGUUAGCAAGAUGGGGAGGGUUGGGGGUAUAUUCACUUAAGAGAACAAGUUCUUUAUUGAGAUGUUGUGUUUAUGCAGAUGAAUGCCGUUAAUUGUAAAUGAGUCUUGGUUAUUAAAGGAGGCACAUCAGCACCUCUCCUGGGAAAUACUUCGUUAGUGAUCUUUUACAAGUGAUGGUAUAUAUUUCAUUUUAAGUGGUCUAUAAUCAAGACUCCUUGCCAAUUCCUAUCUUACUCUUUCCAGUUAAUCAGAAUGAAUGAAAUUUGGCUGCUUCCAGAUUUUUCUCUAUGUCUUUCUAUUUUCCUUAUACCAGGAUUUGAGUUGAGAGGGAGGAAGGUAGGGAGGGAGGGAGAGAGAGAAAGAGAGAGAGAGACUCGGGUUCUUCUCUUCUCUGCCUCUACUUUACCAUUCUCUUUCUGGCUCUCUCAGUCCUUAUAGUUACAUUUUAGUUAGUUCAAAAUAACGCCAACCCUGGAGAGUUUGGAAGCUAUUAGAUUUUUCCAGUUAACCUGCCACUCAGAUGAAUCUCUUUUUAGUCAGUUCUGAGCCCAUCCUGUCUCAGCCCAUCUUCUCUCCUGGAUUAGGACGGAUUUCGCUCCUCCCUUAACUUACCUCAACCACUCUUCUGCUGACCCUUAUGUCAGUCAGAGGAGCUUUCUCUUUCUAAGGUGAAGGGUCAACAUGGAAAUCUCCUAUCUCUUGUAUGAAAUAAUAUAUUUUAGCUUUCUGCUUGUUCAUGCUUCCUGCCCUCUUUCUUUACCUAUAUAAAUCUUCUGUAUUUAAGACCUUGGCCUGAAGAUCUAUUCCAUUCGUACCAUGCACCACCUGGGACUGUCCUUCAUUUGAGUUCUGAUCAGAGGGGAGAUUGAAGAAUUGGUCUUUUUAAAUGGCUUGCAUUCUUUCCCUCUCUUCCCUUUCUUUGCAUUCCUUCAGUUUCCUAUGCACCCCACUUCCCCAGGUGAGGAUGGUUGGUCCAGGUCCAAAAGCUUUGGGGGUUGGUGGGGUUUGGCUAUUUGGGGCCAUUUCUUCAUGUCCAUUUGGCUCUGGGGCCCUCCUUGCCCUAGCAGAAGGCAUACGCUCUCCCUUUGCUUGUUUCCCCAGGGGCAAGUGGUGGGUUCUAAUUCUAUAGCAGCUAAAUUCCAUUCUUCCUGUGCUAACCUACCUGCCUUUAUCCCAAGGGCCCUUUUCCUACUGACCAAAUUGCUUUACCUUUUUGGGGAAAGAAAAAGUAUUUUGUUUUUAAAUCUAUUUUCUAACUUAAAUGCAAUUUAAUAUGUAAAUCUCUGCAUUUGUGUGUGAACCUACAAAUAUGUAUGUGUGGUGGUUUUUUCACUCUCUGGUAUUUCUUAAUAAAGAACCCUUUCUUUUCGGGGAAAGCCAAUUAAUGAAGAA